CACGCACUGCCGGCGUGAGCUAGUGGUGCGUGAAGCUCAUCACGUACCGUACUAGUAUGGUGACCUGAUUGACCUGCGUAAAAUCUCGUAGCUUUAAUCAGGUUGGAGUCUGGGUACGUUCACGCCAUCCUCCUCCUUUUGCUGGUACUGUCUCCUAACAAACGGCAUUUUUUUUGCAAAUUUUGCAGAUUAGAAGCAAAUUUGAGAGCAAAAUGGCAUUGAGAAUCCCGGUUAAAAACCUUCUUGUACUGAAGGAACAAUGCACAAGAUCUUUUGCUACGUCAAUUGUCUCCAAAACAAGCUGGUGGUCGAAUGUGGAGAUGGGACCCCUGACCCCAUCCUUGGGGUCACGGAGGCAUUCAAGCGUGACUCUAACCCCAACAAGAUGAACCUGGGCGUUGGAGCGUACAGAGAUGAUGAAGGCAAACCAUAUGUUCUGCCAACAGUGAGAAAGGCAGAAGCCAUGAUAGCAGCCGGCAAUAUGGACCAUGAGUACCUGGGCAUCACUGGCCUGCCAGACUUCACUAAGGCUUCUGCCAAGCUUGCGUUUGGGGACGACAGCGAAGUCAUUAGUGGUGGAAGGAAUAUAACCGUGCAGGGUAUCUCUGGCACGGGUUCUCUACGCAUCGGGGGCAACUUUCUGGCCAGGUUCUUCCCUGGCAGCAAGUCCGUCUACCUGCCUACCCCCUCCUGGGGCAAUCACACACCUAUAUUUAGAGAUUCCGGCCUUGAAGUCAAAGGUUAUAGGUACUAUGACAAGAACACCUGUGGUUUUGAUGCUGCUGGUGCUAUGGAGGAUAUUUCUAAAAUCCCAGAGAAGUCUAUCAUCAUCUUGCAUGCAUGUGCCCACAAUCCUACCGGAGUGGACCCCAAGCCCGAACAGUGGAAAGAAUUGGGGAAAAUCAUCAAGGACAGACAGUUGUUCCCAUUCUUCGACAUGGCCUACCAGGGCUUUGCUAGUGGGGACCCGGCCAAGGAUGCCUGGGCCCUCCGACACUUCAUCUCUGAGGGUCACACAGUGGCCCUGGCCCAGUCCUACGCCAAGAACAUGGGUCUGUACGGCCAGCGGGUUGGUGCCUUCAGCCUGGUGUGCUCUGACGCUGACGAGGCGAAGCGAUGUGAGUCACAGCUCAAGAUCAUCAUCAGGCCCAUGUAUUCCAACCCACCAAUGAACGGGGCUAGGAUCGCCAACCUCAUCAUGAAUACACCUGAACUCAACGCUGAAUGGAAAAAGGAGUUGGAGUUGAUGUCUGGGCGAAUCAUCUCCAUGAGAACCCAACUGGUAGACAACCUGAGGAAGGAAGGUUCCAAUCGGGACUGGUCGCAUAUCACUGACCAGAUCGGCAUGUUCUGCUUCACGGGACUCAAACCAGAUCAGGUUGAACGGAUGACCAAGGAUUUCUCCGUCUACCUGACUAAGGAUGGUCGCAUCUCAGUGGCUGGUAUCUCAUCCAAAAACAACGCCUACUUGGCCCACGCCAUACACGAGGUCACCAAGUGAGGAGUGGGUGGAUGGAGAGGUCAUGACCUUUAACUGGUUUCCUGCCAUCAAGAUAUUUACUGUUCAGUACUGGGUACCAGGCUGUCACAUCACUGUCCUCAUUGAGCAAGUUGGAUCAUGAACCAUUGGUCAACUAGUGGUUGAUUUGAGACGUUAAGUUUCUGCAUUAAGCCUGCUGCACACCUUUCUGAUUUUACCGGAUCACCGCAUUACCGUUAUGUUUUUUUCACCGUUGCGGUUAGACCACAACGUUACCCGCACACAUGCCGACUCCGUUCUAUGAUGGGUCACAUGAUGAUCAGUCACAUGAUGACCAGUCACAUGAUGACAAAAUGGCAGCCGUUAAUUUUGAAUCAUGUAACUUCCUUCUUGAAUCUGAUUGGUUAUUUGGGACAUUUAAGCUAAUAUUUCUCAUGGAAGCUCUCAUACUCGAAAGUGGUUUUUCGACAAAUUUGGCAUUUGACAUACAAAAAUACCUCACAGCUAAUAAGAUAAAAAAAUGUUCUGGACAUUUUUUCAUCAUUUCCUCGAGACUGCUCUCGUAUUUGAAUCAAAGAAAUGCUAUUCGAAUAGUUGGUUGAUUGAAUAUUUGGUAUAUUCAGCAUGGCCCUAAGCUAUAGACCACCAGUUAUGUAUCCUGCAUUCAGUAAUAUCGAACAAGGCUAACUAUAGUUCUUGGUUGAACUUGCUCAUUGAUUGAACGGUGGAGAUAGGUCAAGGAAAAGUCCGGUCUUAAUCAGAGUCAGUACACCUUAUAAGUGCAUUAUGUGCAUUAUAUUAUUAUAAAUUAGAGGGGCUAUUACUAUGUAAUACAUAUAUACGCAAGGGUGUUGAAAAGUUUUCAGAAGAUUAGAAAAAAAAUUAUUUCAAAAUAGGGGCACUAAAAUAGUUGUUUAUGUCAUAUAAAAAUAUUGAAGCUUGGCUUCUUGGUUUUAGUUAGAUAAAAUUCUCUGUGAAGUUUUGAAAAUAAUUGGAACAAAGAUCAUGUUUAUGUCAUGGACGUUUUCAGAAGGGAAGAUGAAUUUUAGCUAAAGGUAUUGAGGAAUAGUAUUUUCUCUCUCCAAAAUGUAUUGCUGUGACUAGUCUAGAGACAGAAUUGUGAAUAAAAAAGAUUUCUGAAGUCUUAUAUAAA